CAGAGUUUGCUGAGUCAGGCUGACUUGAAGAGACUUACAGCGUUAAACUAGUGAAACAACCACUUACAAAAAAAAAAAAAGACUCACUCCUUGGACUGGUUGAGUCCCAAAGAGGUUUCUAAAGUGCCGGAGAUCAGAGAAUCGGCCAGGUCGAGGUCAGAUUUACUCAAGGCUGAGCAGCAGCAGGUCACUAAGAGGAAGAGAGUCUCAUCCCCAAACACCUGAGGGUAUUAAACUCCACCGGAAAGAUGCAGGAGAAACACUCUUUCGCCCAAAGGAAAGCGGCAGUAGCACUGUGCAUUGUGCUGUUAAUGCUGGCUCAGCAGGUGUGUGCGGGUCCGUUGGCCCCUCAGGUGCAGUCCGGCUCUGACCAGAGUGCGGAUUUGAGGGGGGAACACAGAGUCCACACACUGAGGAGGAUAGCUCGGAUGACCCCGCUGUGGAGAAUCAUGAACAGUAAACCAUUCGGAGCUUACUGCCAAAACAACUACGAAUGCUCCACAGGACUCUGCAGGGCGGGACACUGCUCCACCAGCCACCGCUCAGUCUCAGAGCCCGUGAACUAUUAGACGUCCCCGGACACAACCAGCGUGUUUACAUGAGUGUGCAGCCAUAAUCCUUAUGAGGGGUUCUGAUAACUGGGAUAUGAACUUAUCCAGGCUUUUAUAUAUAUAAAAAAAAUCAUACUUUUUUAUUUAUAUGUGCCAAUACGUUUCUGAUGAUAUCUAAAGGUUUAUAGGGAUUUACGAAGAAGAAAGUUAAAAAGUGAGAAAUAUCACUUAUAUGAAGCUAAUAGGAGGUGGACCGAGGCAAUGGGUAAAGUGCAAAAAUAUAAGAAAAGAGUCAUUUAGCCUUUAUACUUGAUAUUUUUCAGGAUAGGUUUUGAUAUAAUCAGUGAGGAAGUCUUUCAACUAAGGUGCAAACAACUUGCAUUUCUACUGCCAAGGACCAAAAUCUUCCAGCCUUGAUCUCAAAGCUGAGACUGUGAUUCAAAAUGAAAACAAAAGAAACUGUUUUUAAUCUCAGACAUUCUGUCCUGCCAGUUGCCGUAGCCUUGAGCUAGUUUCUAGAAAUGCUACAAGUUAGCCUGAUGUCUGCAUAGCUUCUUAACUAUUGCCUGACUUUUAUCUUAUUAUGUUUUAGAAAACUAUUAUUUAAAAAUUAGCUGCACAACUUCUGCGCUUAAAGCUGUCUCCAGACGUAGAAAUAGAUUGAACCAGUCACUAUGACGAAUACAUUUCUUGGCGAUGAGACUCUUUAUCUGAUGUAUUGCUUUUGCAACAGAUAAUGACGGAGGUUGCAGGGAUCAGUCCAAAGCACAGGGAAGACCGUGUGCCUGACCUUUAAAUCUUUCCAGAUUACGUCAUAAUUGUCUUGUGUCGUGCUCGAUAAGUUAUCACUGAAGAAGUCUUAUCAUUCCACUGAUACUGUGCUGCACCAAAACACAUACGCUUCCCUUUUACCAGGGAGAAUCAUUUGGUCUAGUUUGCCAAUGUACUGUCGGAGAGAUGUAGCACUGAUGGUGUAGACUUGUUACACACAUAUUUAACAAACAAUCACCUAAAUUAUGACUUAUAUCAACAUCUAUUGGUUACUAUUAACAAUGCUGUGACAAUAUAUUUUUUACAAUAGACCAGUAUUUUCACAAAUUAGUCAUUAAUCGAACAGAAAAUAAACCAAUCAACUUUUAGCCUUUGAACACUCAUAACAGACAGGCUUUGGUCAAGCAUGAUUGAAUCUGAGGCAUUGGUUUGGAUUACAGUCAACUGUCAGAGGCGCGAAGUGUUAAAGAGGAAAGAGAAAGUAGGAAAAAAAGAGACAUAAAAGAAGAUAGCCGUGUGGUAAAAUUCAAAAAGACAAAGCAAAGAGAAGGAGCAGAGGUUACAAAUACCGAAACAAUGCUUGAGCGCCCUUAACAUUUUAACAUCUUCAAGUUUUUUAUUAUAGUUUUACACAUUUAAAAGUUAUAUUUAAAGUUUGUUCAGGCACAAGUUCCUCUGCCAAAUACAGAAUUAUUGAACUACAAGCACGUAAUUUGUAAUACAUAGAGGAUACAUGAGCAUUAGUCACAAUAUCUGUAAUGCAUGUAUAUUGAUUUUGUGUGAUGCGGUGAUUAUAUCGGUGAUCUUUUAUUUAUUUUACCCUUUGUUUUAAAUGUCAAAAAUGUACCCAUUUACAUCAUUUUAUUUGUUUUUACAAAAAAUAUAUAUUUGUAUGAUAUUUUAAUGGCUUGUUUUAGAAUAAUCAAUCACCCUGACUGGAUUUUUUUAAAACUUUACCAGUGGGAACUUUUAGACAUCUACUUGCUCAGACGAUCUUAAAUCUGUAACCAAUAGCAAAUUUAACAACUAGCCUUGUUGAGUGUACAAAUAUUACCUAAUGAUGAGCUGCACAGCCUUGGUUUUUCUUUUUCUUUUUCUUCUUUUGCACAUCCAUCUUCUCAAAUCAAUAAGCGAUCGCUGAUUUCACUUGGACUCACCUGCAUAGUUUACUUCAUGCACAGAGCGGGUGGUUGCUGAUAUUUUGUAGACUCAGCGUGUUUGAGAAAUGUUUGAGUAGGACUGCACUUUUAAACCCAAAUUAUCUUUGUACUGUGUACUGUCUACUGCAUGUACUGUGUUACUUACAUGCAGAGAGCUGGAAGAAGGUGGAAUAAAAGCAUUGGAAAAA